CCCGGGCCCGAGCGUUCCCGGGAGCGCACGGACCCGCUGGGAAGGCGCUGGAAAACGGGAAGCGCCACGGGAACCGAUGAAGGCAGAGGGGAAACAGGAGGCACCAAAAUGCCACUUCCACGGAUCGUGCCCUCGGCACUUUGGUUGGUGCUGCAGCUCACAGCAGGACCCUGCAGGAAGGGGCCGGUGAGCGCCGGCAGAGCCUCAGAGGUCUGUGACAGAGGGAAGGUGACAGCCAGCCCCUGCUGUGCCAUCGCUGGUGGCACCAAGGUCACCCUGUCCUGCCAGCUGGCAGCCCCACGGCGCUGGUGCUGGGCAGCGAUUUUCCUCAACAGCUCCGAGCAAAUCCGAGCCCAGGGGGGCUCGGUGAGCAAAACCUUCCUGCUCACUGCCCACGGCAGGCACAACUUCACCUGCAGGUGCAUCUGUGGGGACAGGAGAAAACUCAUCUGUGGCAUCGAUAUCCAGUGUGGGAGUCCUCCAGACGAGCCCAGGAACGUGUCCUGCAUCCAGAAGGGGACACGGGGACAUCCCACCUGCACCUGGCACAAAGGCAGGCUCACCUACCUGCACACUGCCUACGGGAUAGAGCUCUCCAACGGGACCGAUGUCUUUUCCUUUCCAGAAGAAACUCCCGGCCAGGUUUUCGGCUCUGGGGCUCUGAGCAGGCUGGAUUUUGACUCCAAUUACACCGUGGUGGUUUCUGCCUCCAACCAACUAGGAAAUGCCUCUUCCCAGCCGCUCACCUUCAUGCUGAUAGACAUAGUGAAGCCUCACCCUCCCGAAUUUUCGGUGGAAUUCGAUGACUCCUCUGCCACCAGCUGCACCAUUCUGCGGCACCGCGGGGCACAGGCACAGCACUGCAGGCUGAGGUAUCGUCCCCUCGGCAGGCACGGCUGGAGCACGGUGGAGAGCCCCAGCAGGGAGAAACACCAUCUGCAGGGGCUGGAGCCCGACACAGCCCACGAGUUCCAGCUGAGCUGCAGGAUGCUGCCCGGCCGAGGGCUGUGGAGUGACUGGAGCAGCAGCCAGGGCAGCACCCCAGCAGCAGUGCCAACGGGAACCCUGGAUGUCUGGUACCGGCAGCAGGAGCUGGACUCGGGGCACCAGAACCUCUCCCUGUUCUGGAAGGCUGCAAAACGCAGCCAGGUGAGAGGGGAAAUGAAACCAGAGCCAGGAGAGAGGAGAAAUGCACCUGCCAGGGCUUGGGAUGGCACAGCCAGGCCGAGCUGUGGGUGUCCCACCCAUGAGAAAAGCCAGGAAUGUCACUGUUCCUGCCAGCAAACCCUCACCCUCCCAUCAGCACCUUCUCUUUAUCACUGUAAUUCAUUUUAUCCUCCCCACGGCACCAGAGUGGGCGAGACCCAGCAAACCCCACGUCCCAAAGGUUUGACUGAGGCCUCAAGAACCUUGUUUUGUUCUCCCCUGCAAGAUCUGCCCCCUCCCCAGCGGGUCUCUGCCGUGGGCCUGGGCAACAGCAGCAUCCUGGUGAGCUGGAGCCCCCCUGCCGCAGGCGCCGUGCCCGUGGGGGGCUACCUGGUGGAGUGGGCAGAGCCCUGGAGGGAGCCACGCCUGCAGCCCCAGCACGGCUGGGUGAAGCUGCCCCCGUCCCUCCUGUCCACUGUGAUAGCAGGUAACGCCACCCCGGGCUGGGCACGGCACCAGUGUGGGUGGAAAAUGGUCUUAGCAACAAGUCGGGUGGGAAUUCGGGCUCUGAGCCGGGCUCCUCGCUGGCUGCACCUCGCUCACCUGGAGCCCGGCGAGCCCCACGAGCUCUGGAUGACAGCGGCGACCGCGGCCGGGGAGGGGCCCCGGGGCAACAGCGACAGCGUCUGCCUGGAGAGUGCUGGGGGCUGGCUGACUCUGGUGCUCAUCGGCAGCUUCUUCGUCCUCUCAGCCUGCCUUUGCUCUGUGCCUCCAGCAAGGAGAGUGCUCCUGUCCCUCCUCCUGCCGCAGUGGCAGAGCAAAGCCAUUCCCGACCCUGCCAACGCCACGUGGGCCAAGAGCUUAGCGGCUGCCAAGGAGGAGCUGAGCGCUCCCUCCAGCCCCUUCCUGCCCGGCGGCUUCGAGGAGCCCGAAACCAGCCCGGUGGAGGAAAGCCCGGCUCACCCCGAGCCCCCCAAGCCCGGGGACAAGCCGGUGGUGGGCAGCGGGGGGCACGGAGACUGGGCACGGGAGAGCUCGGAGGAGCAGCAGCAGCUCCCGGAGCUGUACCAGAGGCUGGUGGUGGAGGCGAUGGAGCCCGAUGGAGCCCCCGGAGCCGUAAUCCCCCCGGCCGAGUACAUCUCCAGCCCCGGCAGCCUGGCCCCCGAGCCCGAGCCUGCCCCCGAGCCCGAGCCCAGCGCCCUCCCGCUCUUCCCAAGCGCAUUCCUGCCUCCCGCCCUCUGCUGCCAAGGGAACCUGACUCUGGAUCGAGUGAAACUCAGCGGCAGCUCCUUCCCGAGUGUUUCAGCACAGCCAGUGCAGUCCCUCACAUGUGACACCUUCGAGUGACAAAACCCUUCCCAAUCACACCUCACCAGUGGACGUGGCUGCUCCUCUGCAAUCAGAAGCACAGCUGGGGAUGCCAGAGCUGGAUUUUGGGGAUUUUGGGAGCUCUUCCUGCAGCCUGGGCUGCCUCAAGCCCUGUCCCACGGCCCAGCCCAGGAUCAGAGCUGGAAAUCACCAUUUCCACCAGAAAGAGCAAGGAACUGCAAAAGGGAAGGAUGGAACAGCUCAGCACCUCUUGUUCCUCCCCUGGCACCAAGUCACAGAGUCCCCAGUGUCACCAGCCCCACGAGGGACACAGCACCAGAGCCCCUCCUUGCCUCAGUACAGGACAGGAAAAUUCCUCUCCAGAACUAAAAGCAGCAGGUAGGAUCUGUACUCAGCCAAAUGGAUUGUCAAGAGGAAUUUAAGUGAUUUAUUGGAGUGUUCUAAUUACAGGCUGCAAGGGUGUUACACAUUUAAUGACUUUGUUUACCAGAUGUGUG